GGAACACGCGUUUCCGGUUCCGGUUUCCUGACUCCGGGAGGGGUACCGGCUGAGCCAGCAGCGGGUAUCUUUUGGAGAGUCUUGUUUGGGCCAGAAGCCGAUCGUCUCCAGUUCCUGGAGUUAGAAACAGCUACACCUAAGAUGGCCAAUCACUUGAAAUUUGUCGCUCGAACAGUGAUGGUGCCCAAUGGGAAUGUGGAGGCUGCAUAUCGAGUCCUCAACAGGGUCCUAACUAUGGAUGGGAUCAUUGACACGGCCAAGCGCCAACGAUAUUAUGAGAAGCCCUGCCGCAAGAGGCAGCGGGAAGCAUACGAGACGUGCCGGAGGAUCUAUAACACGGAAAUGGCUCGAAAGAUCAACUUCCUCAUGCGGAAGAACCGCUCAGACCCCUGGCUCGGUUGCUGAGCUUGGAAGGCACAUCCGAGCGUAGUAACUGCUGCAAAACCGACAUUUGCGAGAUGAGCUGAUCAUGACUUUUCUGAGCAAAGCUAACUGAAUGAGUGGAAGAGUAAAACACCCCCCAUCCACUGCAGUGGGAUCUCCGAAAGACUGGCUCCCCAUUUUUUUUCGAUUUGAAAAUUUGUGUAUUUUUU